AUGACGAUUGAUGUUAUUGACAAAACGGCUGUUGUUGAGAAGAAAAUCAAAACGAUUAACGUCCGAGUAUUGCAUCUCGAUGAAACAGUACACAACUUUAUUCUUCCCCACCACGCUAGCGGUGCUGAACUCUACGUUCAAGUAAUGCGCAAAUUUAAUAUUCUCGAAUCGGAUUAUUUUGACCUGGAAUUUAUGAAUGAAGAUGGAAUCAGGUGCUGGAUGGAUCAUACAAGACCCCUGUUGCGUCAAACUGCUCAUGGAAAAGACAUAGUCUUCCGCUUUUGUGUUAAAUUUUACACACCCCAUCCAAACCUUCUUGAAGAAGAAUAUACAAGAUACCUCUUCGCGCUGCAAAUUAAACGAGAUUUGGUGACUGGUGUUCUGAUAUGCAGUGAAAAUACAGCCGCACUUUUAGGCUCUUACAUAGUACAAGCUGAAAUCGGCGACUUCAUAAAGGAGGAAUACAGAGAUAUUAGCUACUUGCGAAAUUUGAAAAUCCUUCACGAACCGAAUGAUGAUCGACUUCGGCGUGUAAUGGAUUUCCACAAAAAUCACAUGUAA